AAUAUCAACAUCAAGCGAUGCGACGCCGAAUGCAAGGCUAUCGGGCUGGCUGCAAUGACAUCCGUCCUCUCCUUCCGGGCCCGUCACUGUUCGAAGCCCAUGAGCUCUUGACCCGGGCUGCUCCUUCCGAGGAUAUAAAAUGAAAGUAUCCGCUCCUUCCCUCGGAGAAGUCAUGUCGGAUUUUUUCUUGUAGGCAAACUUGACUUCCCGGGCCAUCAUCAUUCGGCUGCCCGCUGGGUGAUAUCAACAUAUAGCAUUAUGUGGUCACUAUCAAGACUGGCCAUAUUUGGCCUGAGUAUCUUGUCAGUCUCGGCCACUAUCCUACAGAACGGCCAGCCACGGAUCACCAACUUCCCCAACAGUCGGAUCGACCCGUCGUCAUACUCCUUGACCACGUACCCACGAAAUGCUAGCGAGAUCUCUUACAAGGGACGAUGGGACUCCAGAUAUGUCUCCUGGUGGUCGGCCCCGGGAAUCAAGUUCGGAUAUACUGGACAAACCGUGGCAGUCACUUUCGGGAAUUGGACCAGCGAUGGAGUUCUAGUUGGGUACCGCAUCUCCGGCCUGGAUUGGAUCUUUACCAACGUCACGGUGGGCGGUACACACCUCUUUGUGUCUCCCGAGACCCCAGGGUCUGACUUGACCGCGCCCAUAAGUCCCUCCACAUUUGAGUUGCGAGUGACGAACUGGGCAUACAGGAUCCAGAUCGAGGCCGUUCAUGUUGCUGAGGGCGAGAAGCUGAUUAAGAUUCCGGACUAUGGUCGUCGUAUCGAAGUCAUCGGUGACAGCCUUGCUUCGGGCAUGUAUACCUCGUACGAGGGACUAUCGAGUUGGGCAUACGGGCUGGGUGCGGGACUAGGAAACACAGAAUACAGUAUAACCGCAUAUCCAGGCAUCUGCGCGGCGGAUCAAGACUGUUGGGGUAACCCUCGAGGGCAGGUCCAUCAAUGGUUCUAUACAUCAGAUACGAGCUACAGGGCAUCUGUCAUGUAUGGAGACAACCCCGAGCCAUGGGAUUUCAGCAAGCGCCCAGCCGCCGACAUAGUUGUCAUCAACAUCGGAACCAACGACCAAAACUCACACAACAACGUUUCCAUAACUACCUACAUCGACGCCCUGACAAAGAUCAUCCAAGGUGUCCACGGCAAGUGGCCCAAGGCCCAAGUCGUGGUCAUGUCUCUCUGGCUCGGUUUCUACCAAUCCGGAAACACCUACCUCCCCAACGCGCCCCAGGGCUUCGUCAACGAGAUCUACCAGAUGUACAAGUGGUUUAACUCAGACGACUACCUCCGGAAUCCGAUCGUAUACGACGGAGUGACCAAGAAGACUUCGAAGACCGGCAAGGGAACCGCGCCGUUCGUGCACUACUUCAAUACCACGGGCAUCAUGCAGCAUAACGAUAUCGGGCCCCAGUGGCACCCUACGGAUGUGGGGGCUAUCAAGGUGGCUAGUCAUUUGCAGCAGUUUAUUAGGAUGACUUUUGGUUGGGAGUUUUAUGCUACGGGAUCUGAGGUCUUCCACGAGACGGAGUACUGGAAUGAUGAGCCUGGGUAUUGAAGCAGACGUGUGUAACUGAGGAAAGCCGUCACGAAGGGCCUUGCGGAUAUGUUGGUCUCUGUCAGAAGUUCUCGCACUCAUUAUAUGUGUCUGGGUUCAAAGCCCCUGACUUCACGUCGAGUAUACGCCGGCCUCACGGUUAAAUCCCGGAAAAAGUGUCAACCCUAUGUCUCUCACUUGGAUAUUUCACAAUGACAGGCUCUUGACAAGCCGUUCUUGUUGGACCUGACAGCACAAGACAAGUAAGAAGCAUUAGACUAUGCAGGGUUAAUCAGUAGAACAUAGCAAUAGCUCAAGGUCUUGUAGUUUGUCGCUCAGAUUACUUGUUAAAUGCCAC